CUCUCGCAUUCUACUUACGUCCAAUAGAAACAUCAUGGAAAACAAGGAAAAAAAGUUAUUAUGGUGGUUGUUUGUUUGUCUACUAUUUUUAUUGGGUGAAGGGCGUGAGUUUAGAGUUGGAGGAUCAAUGGGUUGGACCGUGCCAAACGACCUAAAUUCAAUUACAUACAACCAAUGGGCUGAGAGCCAUCGUUUUCAUUAUGGAGACUCUUUGCUGUUUGUAUACCCACCUGAAAAAGACUCUGUGCUGAAAGUGAAUAAGGAGUCCUACAACAGCUGCAACACAGCAUCAUACAUAAAAAAAUACAGUGAUGGAAACACAGUGAUAUUGUUGGACAGAUCAGGACCAUUUUAUUUCAUAAGUGGGGUGCAGGAAAACUGCUUGAAAAAUGAGUCCAUGAUUGUGGUGGUCAUGGGUGAGAGAAGCUCAUCUAAUUCAUCUCCUUCUUCAUCACAUGCUUCUUCUUUAAUUAGGGUUUCUGGUUUCAUGGCUAAGUUUGGAGCUUUUCUUGCAGCAAUGCUACUUGGUUAUGCUGUUUCUGUUUAUAGUAUUUAAUUGCUUUGGUUGAUCAGUUCUCAAGUUAGUAAGAGUGUUUUUUUUAGUUUGUUUAUGGUGAGAGUGACUAGUGAGUUAAUAAGAAGCUUUAGCUAGCUUUACUUGUUUGGCUUCAGAGUGUUUGGGUAUUCAACAAUGAAUCUUAAAAGGCUCCUCUCUCUCUCUCUCUCUCUCUCUCUCUCUCUGUAUAUACAUU